ACACGUUACUUCCGCUCCGACCUGUUGCCAAGUAACGCUUUAGUUGCGCCUCUUAUGGCGCUCGCUGGAUGGUUUUGCCAUAGAUCAUCGCAGUUAUUCUUCGCAUGUGCACGAGAGUGCACUCGUAAGAAUGACGUCGAUUAAAGAUGGAGAAUACACGGCGACGAUCUACAAACUGAUAAAAGAAGGUCAGUACGUGGAGGCCAUUCACAUCCUCAACGCUCAACUGCAGAGACACGCAAAGUCGAGGGCGGCUCUGUCUCUGCUGGGGUUCUGCUACUAUCACAUCCAGGACUUCAGUGCUGCCGCAGAGAGUUAUGAACAGCUCACGCAGCUGCACCCGGAGGUGGAGGAGUACAAGGUGUACCAUGCUCAGUCUCUGUACAAGGCCGGGGCCUAUGCCGACGCCACCAAGGCCAGUUUUCUCCUGGACAACAGCCGCAACCGCAGCAAGAUGUUGAAGCUCCAAGCCUCCAUUAAAUACUGUGAGGAGCAGUACUCCGCUGCCAAGUCGCUCCUGGAGCAGCUUCCUCACGAUGAUCCAGACCUUCUCUACAACUCGGGUUGUCUACUCUACCAGGAGGGGAAGUUUGAAGAGGCAUGCAGGAAGUUCACAUCAGCCAUGCAGAUGCUGGGAUACGUGCCAGCGCUGUCCUACAACGUGGCUCUGUGUCACUACAGCCUGAAGAACUUUGUCCAGGCCCACAAGCACAUCGACGAGAUCAUCGAGCGCGGGAUCAGGGAGCACCCGGAACUGAGCGUUGGCAUGACGACGGAGGGCGUGGAGGUCCACAGUGUGGGGAACACGCUGGUGCUGCACCAGAGCGCUCUGAUCGAGGCCUUCAACCUCAAGGCUGCCAUAGAGUACCAGCUCAAGAACUUGAGAGGCGCUCAGGAGGCACUGACGGACAUGCCGCCCAGGGCUGAUCAGGAACUUGACCCGGUCACCCUCCACAACCAGGCACUACUGAACAUGGACACCAAACCCUCCGAGGGUUUUGAGAAACUGGCCUUCCUGCUGCAGCAGCCGUCCUUCCCACCGGUCACCUUUGGGAACUUGCUGCUGCUCUACUGUAAACAUGAGUACUAUGACCUCGCCGCAGACGUCCUGGCUGAAAAUGCUCACCUUACCUACAAGUUCCUGUCGCCCUACCUAUAUGAGUUCCUGGACUCGCUGCUCACCUGCCAAACCGCUCCUAAAGAGGCCUUCAGGAAGUUUGAUGACAUGAACGCCAAACUGACGGAGCAGCUGCGCAAGAUCGCCAAGCAGUUGCAGGAAGCUCGGGUCAAUCGCGACGAUGAAGGGCAGAAGAAAACCCUGCAGGAGUACGACCUGAUGCAGGAGAAGUACGUGGCGGUUCUGAUGGCCCAGGCCAGGAUCUACUGGAACAUGGAGAACUUCCAGAUGGUGGAGAAGAUUUUCCGGAAGUCUGUGGAGGUGUGCAACGAGGACGACACGUGGAAGCUGAACGUCGCACACACGCUUUUCAUGCAGAACAAGUACAAGGAGGCGGCCGGGUUCUACGAGCCCAUCGUCAAGAAGCACUACGACAGCAUCCUGAACGUCAGCGCGGUGGUCCUGGCCAACUUGUGCGUGUCUUACAUCAUGAACAACCAGAACGAGGAGGCCGAGGAGCUGAUGAGGAAGAUCGAGAAGGAGGAAGAGCAGAUCUCGUACGACGACCCAGAUAAGAAGGUCUUCCACCUCUGCAUCGUCAACCUGGUGAUAGGGACUUUGUACUGUGCAAAGGGGAACUACGACUUUGGGAUCUCUCGGGUCAUCAAGAGCCUGGAACCUUAUAACAAGAAGCUCGGGACAGAUACCUGGUUCUAUGCUAAACGCUGCUUCCUGUCUCUGCUGGAGAACAUGUCCAAACACAUGAUCAUGCUGAGGGACGCUGUGGUCCAAGAGUGUAUCCAGUUCUUGGAGCACUGUGAGGUCUACGGGAGGGAGGUGCCAGCGGUGCUGGAGCAACCUCUGGAGGAGCGACUGGCACACGUCGGAAAGAACACGGUCACCUACGAGGCCCGACUGCUCAAGGCGCUUUUCUACGAGGUCAUCGGCUGGAACAAGUGAUGUCAUCGCCUGAUGCCCCACUGACGGAGUCACAACAUAAAUAGCUCUAUUUAUUAAAACAUGGCGUUAGAUGUGUUGUUUUA